AUGAAACGAUGUAGAAAUGAAAAGAUCAAAUGGUUUUCAUCGAAGCUAUUAUCAGUGCUUUGGAAACAUAUAAUUUGUGGCAUACUAACAAGUGAGGUACAUUGUACCCGGAUAACACCAAUUCAGGGUAAUGUUGCAAAUAUGGACGAUUCCGGAAAGCGCAUUCAAGAAAUCACUACAACUGUUGCUGAUUUAACACUUAAAGAAACAUUAUGUCUUAAUUUUUCGGAUGGAAUGAGAACACAAAUUCAUACCAUUGAAUAUGUUCGCAUGGAACAACAAUUUCCCAUAUCUGCAUCCUAUAAAUUUGGAAUUCCAGUAAUUACGACAACAUGUAUUUGUGAUUGUGCUGGUGCUGAACAAUAUUGUAGUAUGGAUGAAUAUAAAUAUAAGUAA